UAUAUAUGUAUAAAUAAUUGUGCAAAAGAAGGAUAACACAGAGUCACAGACAGAGGAAGAAGAUAACUGACUUUGGUUCUGAUAUGUCUAUGACUAGACCUCAUUUCCAAGCAGAGAAAGAUACAGAUGCAGUCCAAAAGAAUGGAGAUAACUUCGUUAUCAAACCACGAGGACUUAGCAUUGUAUGGGGCAAGGAUGAAAGCUACUGGAAAAUACCAGCUAAGGGGACAGAUGAUGCUGCAGAGCUAAUGCAGGUUUCGUGGCUGGAAGUGACAGGCUCAGUUAAAUUAACAGCUGGGAAUUCGUAUAAUCUGACCUUUGAGGUAGAACUGCUAUCAGAUGCAUUUGGCUGGAAAGAUAUACAAGUUUUCUUGAUGGCCAGGGUAGGUAAAAAAGGAAAGUACAAUUGGAAAAAGGUUCAACUGCAGCCGGCCGCGGGGAAAGAAAAGAUUCCUAAGGAUGAUGAUAAGCUCACCAUUGCAGUUCCAACUGAGGAAACUGACACCACCCUUCAGUUCGGUCUGUAUGAAGUGUGGAGUGGGAAAUGGAAAGGAGGUUUGAAGAUUUAUAAUGCAGAAGUAACGGUGAUUCCUGAUCCUGACCACAAUCUGCAGUCUUUACAUAUUGCAUGAAUGUGCGCCACUGUGCCUUGGCGCCUUAUUGAUAUAUUUUCCAGUUUGGAUACAAUUCUACACCUUUAUGCAUGUUUACAUAAUAAUCAGAGUGGGAUUCUGUAAGGUGAUUUGUGAUUGUCAAAUAAUAUGUUCCUCAUGUUUGUGAUCA